AUGGAGAAUUUGUCGUGUCUGGUGUUGAAACCAGCAGCUUCUACGACGUUACCUGGACCUAGGCUUUCUCAAAUGGCAGCUACUGGUUCUGCAACGUUUGUUUCUAGCUUGUCAUUUCCUUCUUCCAUGGACUCUCAACUUCCAAAAACAACAGCAAAACGCUCUUCAAAACCCACCGAAAGGUCGUCUUCAGGAAUUCCCACAACCCCAUCAGCAACUACCAAUGUUAGAAACACAACCACGACCGUCUCUACCAAAAAGUUUGCUUCGACACGCGCUGACCCACGCGCCGUUUCUUCUCAGUUGCCCUUUAAGCUAAGCUCUUCAAGGAUCUCAUUUCCUUUGAAAAAUGGGUCCUUUAAGCUUCGUCAUGAGCCUCCGCUGGCCCUCUCUACUCGUGAACCCAAAGCUGCGGUGGUUACUAAAGACUCGUGGGAGAAAUCAAUAUUGAACAGUGAUAGCCCUGUUCUUGUUGAAUUUUAUGCAAACUGGUGUGGCCCCUGCAGGAUGGUCCACCGAAUUAUUGAUGAGAUUGCAGGAGAGUAUGCCGGGAGACUUAGCUGCUUUGUGCUCAAUACGGAUGAUGACUUGCCAAUUGCAGAGGAUUAUGAAAUCAAGGCUGUACCUGUGGUGUUACUGUUCAAAAAUGGAGAGAAGCGGGAGUCUGUUGUUGGAACCAUGCCGAAGGACUUUUAUAUCGCUGCCAUAGAGAGGGUUCUGAAGUCAUAAACAAUGAUAUAGUGCAUAACUGGGAUGUCCAGUAAAGGUUUCAGCUCUUCUUGCAUAUAUAUAUAUAUAUAUAUAUAUAUAUAUGUUAAUUGGAUUGUAAGUGCAUAACUUGUACAUCUUUUAGUUGUAUCUUGCUAGUUGUUGUUACCCACCAUAGCUUCCAAAUGGUCUCAAUGGCCCUUUUUGGUUCACGGUUGUCCUUUUUUACUGGAGUCUUGAAACUUAAAAACUGUUCUAUCAAUCCAAUCUUUGCGUUGCCCCCA